AUGAGCGCUGCCUCCGGUUUGUUUCGCUUCGUCGGCUUCAAUCCCUGCGCGGCCUCCCGCGUCGCCAGGAUCGCAGACAUUGUCGCCGAGUACCCGUCCCACGACGCCAUCGUGCUAGGCGGGACCCAGCUGCGCAGCACGGGCGAGCAUGUCGAGCCAGAGCGAAUAGUGGAUUCGUUCCGUUGUUAUCAGUUUGGUUACAAGCGAAGGCCACUGGUUACACCAUCGUGUGGCAUCACCAUCCUGUUGAAGAAGAGUCGGUUUCAGAAGCACUCGGUCAAAAUAAUUCUUCCAGUACCCAAGCAGUUGUGGGGAAGAGCUGAAUGUCUCCUCGUGAGGCAGCAGGAGCAAGCGUUCGGCAUCAUCGGGCUCUACUUUCCACCUCGUGUUUCUAAGACGGGACAGAAGCAGGUGUAUGACAAAGCAGUCGCCUCCCUCGUGGCGUGGCUGCAGAGUACUCUCGAAUUUCUAGACAGCAAACACGCACUUCCCCUUCUCUACAUGGAUCUGAAUGGAGGUCUCAGGCAGUCAGAUGACGACUAUGUCGCAGGAGAACAUGGCGUCGGCAACCCCUGCCCCGCCUCAGCAGCCAUCCGCCUUGUGCUGCAGGCCUGGGACCUUUCCGCCGCGAACACGUUCUUCCCGAACCAAUCGAGAGUUGCCAAGUUCACGCUCAAAGCGCCAGGCGGCUCCAACUACAUCAGACUGUAUCAGCCAGGGACCACAGGCCAGUUGUUUUAG